AAUCACACCUGGAUCGAGUAUCGUCGUUGCAAUAAGAAUACGUUGUUACGUUUUCCCCGGACAGAAACUGAAGGAAACUUGGCUGCAGAGCUCUCGAUGCACUAAUUCGAUCCGCGAUGUCGCUACGAUUCUUCCUGCUGCCGCUGCUCUUCCAAAUAUCCCGGGGAUUCACCGGAAGAGGACUUUAUUACCCGGGACGAUCCGAUUUAUUCGAGCUCUCUGUGAUACACCUAAACGAUUUCCACGCAAGAUUCGAGCAAACUGGACCCAGGUCCGGGGCGUGCUACAAAGGGGAGGAGAAGAGCUGUGUCGGCGGGAUAGCGCGAGUCUUCACCGCGGUGAAUCGAUUAAUCGAGGAGAGGACGAACCCAAUUUUCCUGAACGCUGGGGACCAUUUUCAAGGGACACUUUGGUACAAUGUUCAUCGCUGGAACGUGACCGCCACGUUCAUGAACAUGCUUCCCCACGACGUUAUGACGAUAGGGAACCAUGAAUUCGACAAUAACGUCCAAGGAGUCGUCCCCUUUUUGAAAAUGAUCAAGGCACCUGUUGUGGUGACGAAUAUCGACGCGAGUGAAGAGCCAACGAUGCAGGGUCUCUUCAAAAACAGCACGAUUAUCGAGAGAAGUGGUACGAAGAUAGGAGUGAUCGGUGUCAUCUUGUCUUCCACGAAUACAAUUGCCAUUACCGGGAAGCUGAAGUUUCUGGACGAGGUGGAAUCGGUGAAUGACGAGGCAAGGAGAUUGAAGUCCCAGGGUGUGGAUAUUAUUAUUGUUUUAAGCCACUGCGGCCUCGACGUGGACAGGAUCAUGGCAGCCGAGUGUCCUUUGAUCGACGUGAUUGUCGGAGGACACUCUCACACCUUUCUAUAUUCGGGUCCACCCCCUUUCAUCGACAACCCCGAGGACGAAUAUCCAGUGGUGGUGGUCCAAAAGAAGAGCAACAGAACGGUGUUGAUCGUUCAAGCGGCGGCGUACACCAAGUACUUGGGAAACUUGACGGUCUGGUUCGAUAAGCAGGGCGAGGUGGUUGAUUGGGACGGAAAUCCGAUUCUCCUCGAUUACUCCAUCGAGCAGGAUCCUGACAUAACGAAGGCCCUGGAACCGUGGAAAAAGGUCGUAGACGAGACAGCACAGACGAAAAUAGGCCGGUCGAGGGUUUAUCUCGACGAUCAAUGUCGUAAAAGCGAGUGCAAUCUUGGAAAUUUAAUUACCGACGCUAUGGUGGAUUCUUACGUAGACAAGGCAGAGAACAAGAGUUUCUGGACGUAUGCCGCUGUUGCUUGCACGAAUACUGGAGGAAUUCGUGCUCCUAUUGAUUCUAUGGGCGAAGACAUCACGUUUGGUGAUUUGAUGAUGGUUCUACCCUUCGAGAACACGUGGGACACUUUAGAAAUAAACGGAAGCUGCAUAUUGCAGAUCUUGGAAACGAAUGGAAUUUUAGUAUGGUCGGGAUUAAAGGUGACUUAUAGGAUAAACGGAGACUCGAGAAAAGUGGAAGAUGUGAAAAUAAGGUGUCGUGCCUGCGAGGCGCCAAAGUUCGAGAAUUUACAAGAGGAUCAAUGGUACAGGAUCGUUCUUCCGAGUUUUCUCGUGAACUCAGGGGACGGAUUCGUUUCGUUCGCGACUUGCAGCAGAAAUCAUCGAGUGGGAAACGUGGAUUACGAAGAAUUAACGAAAUACGUGAAAAAGAUCAGUCCGAUACUAACAGGUCUCGAUCGUCGAGCGAUCUUUCUAAAUACGACAGACACGUAGCCGAGAGGAACAUUCCAUUCAGACUGAAAGUAUACACACGCGAAAUUAUAUUCUUACCAACAGUAUUCUCGUCUUUCCCUUUUAACUUAACACGAGAACCGUGCUCC